AACGGGCUACUGGUCUGUAGCUGGUGCGAGAGAACCUUCACAGACGAAGGUCGUCUCCGCAUGCACACGGCUUCAGAACAUGGAAGAACUUUACCCAGGCCCUCUGCUCUGAAUGAACGAACCAGGCACGGUCUGUCGGAACUAGCCUUGACGCCUCAAAAGACGAGUGCACGGACCACGCCAAGUCUCAGUCCAGAGGAAUAUGAAGCCAUCAAAGAAGAAAUUAUUUCAAGAAGGCGGUUGCCUUGCGUUGAUUUGUCCAAGGACAGGCUCCUUAUUGACGCUUACCUCAAACGUGAUGUCACGGUGAAGGCGGAGAAACCGAUCAGUUCGCAGCCUAGAAGACCGAUUAAUUCGCGGCCUAAAAGACCGAUCCAUUCGCGGCCUAAGAAAACCGUCAUUUCCAAACCUAAAGAACCAAGCUGUUCGCCGGCUAAAGAACUGCACAGUUCGCCGCUUAAAGAACCACACAGUUCACCGCCUGAAGAACCAGACAAUUCGCCGCUCAGGGAAGCAAACAGUUCUCCGCCUAAAGAACCAAUUAAUUCGCCGCCCAAAGAAUCAAGCAGUUCGCCACCUAAAAAGCCCACCUUGCCUACGCCAGAAAAGGAAGUUGUCGAACCAAAAACAAAACGUGAGCUGCCCCUAGCUGCCGUGGAAGAUGAAACCCCCGGAGCCAUCACUUGCUUCGUCUGUUGUCUUGCCUUUAUGGCCAAUGACCUGGAGGCACAUGUGAAGCAGAAGCACAAACGUUCGACGAUUGCGUACUCAAAUUUGUUUGUUGAUUCGUUUGGAUUCCCCCGGUCGCAAUGUUUUAUCUGUGGGCGCAACUACUCCUCCGUGGACAACUUGCGUGUCCACGUCAAGACUGUCCACUUGGGACUGUUCAAUUUCCAGUGCCCCAAGUGUCCCCGAGCUUUCUUCUACUAUCCCAAGCUCAUUAAGCACCUGGUGCUUUCGCAUCACUGUGAUGACAUUCCGCCGAGAGAAGAAUGUCGUAUAGACAACAGUUCUCUUCGUCCUGCCCGCCGCGAGCCGGGAGCAGCCAUCGCAGCUUACCAACAGCAUGUUCGAGAUGGCGAAUCUCGAUGCUUGGCCUGUAGAGCUGUCAUUCCGACCGAGCAUAUGAAGAAACACGUUGAUGAGCACCACACUGGCGAAAACUUGCACACUUGCCCGGAGUGUGAAGAGGACUUUGAAGAUAUCAACGAGUGGCGGGAGCACCUGGAAACAGUUCAUGAACCCAACCCUAAUCCCGGUAAAAACUCCGCCAAACAAUGUAUAAAUGUGAACAUUGUGGAAGAGCAUUUGGAUGGCGAAAAUUCCUUCGGUGCCACAUCCGCGAACAUCAUCCUGGUGAGUACCCCACUAGCUAGCCUUUAUUCUUUCAAUACCUUCGUCAUUACCUUCAGCACGGUGGAAACUCUUCUUUUUGAUCAUGGAGACUGCUUCGUCACUCCCUUUGAUCACGGUCGCUCUGGCGCCAGCGGUUCAUUAUUUGGAUUGCGAGCGGAUUUCCGUGCGUCCAAAACUACGUUGCAGGAGGAAGUAGAAAGACAACUGAGUUUGGCUGAAGAAAACAAGAAUGCGAGACAUGGUCGAAAAAGCGGCGAGUCUACCAAACAGGACGAUUCACUGGAUGACUCCGAAAGCUAUUCCCAAUCAAUGAGUCUCAUGGAGUAUCAAUACGAACUGGCCGAUACUUGGAAUCAACAAUCUAAGGCUGCAGACGCCGAGACGAACGAGUUGAAGGGUCCUAAGAAGGCGAUAAAUGUCGAUUUCUUUGGUCCCUCUGUCAUCGGCAUGUGUCCCAUCUGCAAGAAAAUCCUACAUGGCAAGAAGUCCUUAAAGACACACAUUGAGGCCAUUCAUCACCAACUGAAGCGUUUUGCCUGUGACCUUUGUGAUCGUGCUUUUUAUGCCCGCUGCGAUCUCCGAAAACACAUCGAAUGUGUUCACAAUGGUGUUAAGCCCUUUAGCUGCAAUGAAUGCGGCAAGGGCUUUUUCCUACAUUCACAACUGGCUGCCCACCUGGUCAACAAACAUAAGGCUACCUUACCGUUUAAGUGCAACGAGUGUGGCCGGCGCUAUGCUAUCAAGCAGGUUCUCAAUGAUCAUAUGUAUCGCUUCCACACGGACAAACCAAAAAGGGUUCGGGUUAACGCACAACCAUCCCCAGCCCAACCUGCCCAGGAAGUUGCUCAAGCUUUCCAACACCCACAGUCAGAAAUUUAUAUAAUUGGCAAUCAGAUCUACUUUGCUGAAAACCUCGUUUCCGUCGCUGGAGUUGAUGGUACCCACGACGGAACCGUCGAUCCUUCCGCCCUCUACGAGACUAUACAGAUUGACGGUCAACCAAGCACCAUCACCUUUGAACAGCCCGCAGAUGGUAACCAGGCCGCCGGAUAUGUAACGGAUGGUAGUGUUGGCCCCCUAAUCGCUUUGGACGUAAACAACUCAGAAACGAUCCUACAAACGGAUGAUUUGGAGCGGCAGACCGUACUUGCGGGAGUAAAACCGCAGACUAUGCUAACCACCGCUGGCCAAAUGGAAGGAGCUGAGGCGGGGCAAGCUCUUCAACAGGCCUACAUUCAAGGACCCGACGGCGUUAGCAUGCAGCAGGUCUAUCUUGCCUACCAACCCUACUAA